CACGCAGAGCAGCAGCAGCAGAUAUCUUCAGUCUCCACCACGGGAGUUACUUUUUUCGGUUUUUGUUGCUGUGCAUACGUCCUACGUCUACUACUGGCUAUGAGGAAUUUUCUGUGUACGUAGGUUUGGUCACUGCUCCCACUUGGACCUGUUUUUUUUUUUUUGUUUUGUUUUUUUUUUGUUUGGCGUCGGUGUAGUUUUUUCCCCCCUUGACAAUAUAAUAUUUUCUUUGUCGGUCGUCGCGAGGGAACUACAUUAAACAUGUCGAGGAGCGCGGAGGAGGUGAACAAGCUCGCCGAAAGUACAUACAAGAAUGUAAUGGAACAGUUCAACCCAGGACUGAGGAACCUGGUCAACCUGGGCAAGAACUAUGAGAAAUCAGUGUCUGCAAUGACCCUGGCAGGAAAGUUGUAUUUUGAUGCACUGUCUAAGAUUGGGGAGAAUGCUGCAGUUUCUCCUGUCUCUAGAGAAUUAGGUGUAGUACUGACAGAAAUCUCAGAGGUCCACAGGAAGGUUCAUCUUGAACUGGAGGAAAAUUUUAAGAGGUUCCACAGAGAAAUAAUAGCUGAGCUGGAGAGAAAGACUGACAUGGAUGUCAAAUACAUGACAGCCACAUUUAAAAGAUACCAGAUGGAGCACAAGAUGAAGCAAGAUUCUCUGGAGAAGUCCCAGGCAGACCUGAAGAAGCUGAGGAGAAAGAGCCAAGGCAAGAAUGCAAACAAGUACGAGAACAAGGAAAGCGAGUGUUUGGAAUCAUUGACAAGCAGACAGAUGGACAUGCAGUUGUUCAUUGCUGAUGGCUGUAAGGAGGCUCUGCUGGAGGAGAAGAGACGAUUCUGCUUCCUUGUGGAUAAACACUGCAUGUUGUCCUAUCAGUUUUCUUCCUUCCAUGAUAAGGCCAGAGACAUACUGUCGGAAAAGCUGAGCAGCUGGCAGGACCAGUGCAAAGAUGCCACCAGCAUGCCCGAGAGUGUUUUGUCAAUGAUUGAAGGACUGCGCCAGCCAGUUUCCAUCACACCACUGCCCUCUCCAUCCCCGUCACGACACAGCGUGAACAUGUCUAAUCACCCGGCUCCACUUCAGAGAGCUCCGACCAGCCCUCUGGCUAGUAUGUUCAACCAGGGCAACAACACUCCCAGUGUAACCACUUCUUCAAGCCACAGCACAGACCACGGGAACGGUGAGGACAGCAAUCUUGCCAGGUCUGUGUCUGUCGCCACAGGGCUCAACAAUAUGGUGAAGAGACCACGUGUGCGCACAAUCUUUCCCCAUACUGCGGGCAACAAUAGCACACUGCUCAGCUUUGAUGAGGGAGAUGUUGUUAUCCUGCUCAUCCCUGACGAGAGAGACGGGUGGAUGUAUGGUGAAAUGGAGAAGACUGGAAAGAGAGGCUGGUUCCCUUCAUCUUACUGCCGCACUGUCACAGAGACACUCGUGAACAACAGUGAGACUGCUGCCCCGUACCGCAGCAGAAGUGUGGUUAACCUCCACCACCAAGACACAGAAACAGACGAGGCGACCAUGAUUCUCCCUCCAGCAGAUUACAGCGACACCCCGCAACGCAACACAGUCAACAGCUACACCUCGUCCACCAGCACCAUCGCCACAAAUAGCAAUCACCAUCACUCCCCCACGCCCUCUGUAGCCUCCUCAUCUGAUCACAGCACGGCCAGUCAGCCUAAUGGCACCGCAAGACCUCCGCCUGCUUACCUCGCGGGCGGGAACCCUUUCGCUACAGUCAGGCUACGUCCAACUGUCACCAAUGACCGCUCCGCGCCAGUCAUCUGAUCUGCCUGCAUUUCCACACACACUUGACUCCCACAAACCCUUUCAAACUUCCUGUCCAGCAGCUUCUCCUGAUCUAGAUGAAAAUGAGAAAAAUAAACUCUGAUAUGGAAGUAUUGGGACCAUUUUAUUUACUGAAAAGAUCCACAUAUAUUUAUGAAAUAUAUAUAUAUUUUUCUGUCUAUUUUUGUCCUUCUGUGGUGUUAAAAAUACUUAACCACAUUCUUACCUGCACAUUAGAUAUUAAAUAAUAAAAACGGUCAGAAUAGUGUAAUUGUUUGUUCAUUGUCAAAAUGACUGUUAAGAAAUCAUUUGUUGCCAUAGGACGGUGGAAGAAAAAACUGAACAGGACCUCUGCAUUUCACCCUCAGGUCUAGACGAUGUUUCUACUCAGUGUCAAUACAGAAUACUUAUAUUGCUGUGAGGAGACGGUACAGUGAUUUUUUUUUUUUUGUCCUUUUGUGUAUACCUUCUUGUAUAUACAUUUGCACAACCGAUACUUUGUUGUCCUUGACCAUCUAGCUUAACUACUGUAGUGUGGAGACCGCACUUCUGCCUUAAUGACACAUUUGUACUUACUGUAAAAUGGUGUACCUGUUGCAUUCUUCAGAUUGUGGAUACAAGUUGUUACAGUCACCUCAUCUUACAUUAACAGUACAUUCAGUUCUUAUCACACAUGGCGAGACCAGCAGUGUGCCCCCCCCCCCAGUCUUUGACCCACAUU